AUGCUGUGGACUGUGCUCCUCGCUCUGCUGGUACUGGUGCUGCUGCAGACUCAACUGUCAGUGUGCCUGAGGGAAUUACGCUCCGGGAGCUCUAGCCCUCACACCUCUUCCUCCUCCCCCUCCUCCUCCUCCUCUUCUGCCCCGUACAAUGGCACCCAACAGCGCCUGCCCGGGGCCAUCAUCAUCGGUGUGAGGAAAGGGGGAACCCGGGCUCUGCUGGAGAUGCUCAGCCUGCACCCUGACGUGGAGGUGGCAAAAGCUGAGGUGCACUACUUCAAUGUGGAAGAGCACUACCGCCGUGGCCUGUCUUGGUAUCGCUCCCAGAUGCCCUUCACACUCCCCAGCCAACUCACCGUGGAGAAGACCCCCGGCUACUUCUGCGCCCCCCUCGUGCCCGCUCGCGUGUGGGACAUGAACCCGGCCGUGCGCUUACUCUUGAUCGUCCGAGACCCCGCGGAGAGGGUGGUAUCCGACUACACCCAAGUCCUCCACAACCGACUGACCCGACACAAGCCCUACCAACCUCUGGAGGAACUGCUACUACAAAAGGGACGCAUCAACCCCAAAUACAAGGCCCUACAGAGAAGUCUAUACUACCAGCACUUGUCCCGCUGGUUGGAGGUCUUCCCCAGAGAUCAAAUUCACGUUGUCGAUGGUGACGCACUCAUCCGGGACCCCUUUCCAGAGCUCAAGAAGGCCGAACGCUUUCUACAACUGCCUCCAAAAAUAAACCCCAGCAAUUUCUAUUACAAUACAACUAAGGGGUUCUACUGCAUGUUAACUGCAGGACAUGACAAGUGCCUGGAUGACUCAAAAGGCAGGCCGCACGCUCCACUAAGCACCCAGGCAUUCAAGAAGCUCUGCCACUAUUUCAGAAAGCCAAACAAGCUGUUCUUUGAAAUAGUGGGUCGGUCUUUUUCCUGGUGCUGAUUCAGGAGUUUGGACUAAAGACAUUUGGGACAUUGCUAGACAUUCAGGGUUGCAAUUGUUUAAACUGUAACUUAUUUACUCAGGUAUAAAAGUGGCCAGAAAAGAGAACUUUAGAUGGCUACAAUGCAAAUCUUUACAAUGUGAUCAUUCUGGUGCCUCUAAGAAUGACAUGGCUUGAACCAUAGACUGUAUAUAUAAAUGGACGUAGCUAACUUGCUAGCCGCUGCGUUCCAAAUAGAGCGCGCUUCCAGCUCCAUUGACUCUAGUUCCAACUCACUUUCUAUUGAAAAACUGUCACCUUUCUCUCUGUAACUUUUGCCGUCAAGCUUGUCAUUUUGGUCUAAGAGUGUUCAUAUUAAGCCACUCUACAUAAUUUUUGCAUUUUUAUUUCACUACUGUGUCUGUAAAUCAAGAUAUGAACAUUAAUAACAGACAAAUCAGGUGCCUCUUUUCCCAGAGGUUACUCCCACUAGCAUUAGCAACAAGUUUGAUUGACAGUGUUGCCAAGGGUCUGGCGGGAAGGGGCAUUAUCGUCGACAGCCUGGCUCCAGAUUGGCUGUUUGGUUGCUAUGAUACUCACGGUUGGAAAUUCCAAAUAUAUAAUUCAGCUCCAAAUUCACUCCUUUAGCUGCUAGCCUUGAUGAGCUUCAUUUCACUAUGCGUCAAACUCCCUUAGUCCACUUCUUUAUACAGUCUAUGGCUUGAACACAAUGACCCCUGUGCCAUAAGUGUUGACUUUUAAGUGCAAAAAAACUGUACAGAUAAAUGUGGAUAACUCAUUGUUGCACUAUUUGGACUAUCAUAAAGGUGCACUGUGUGACUUUUCAAAUG